GAAAGUUUUACGCGAGAACUGUUUAAUUUGUAGAGAAUGUUAUUCGUUAUUUUUUAGCUUUCGUCGGUUGUUAUUUGCGUCUAUCGGACCCACGCCACUGAGUUAGCAAUAACGCCAGGUGGACGCCCGUCAAAGGGGGGAUAAUCGGACAGGUGAGAGCCGGUCUCACAGUCUUCGAGUUGAACAUCGUCCUCUACCACGCGAUCAAGAAGAUCGUCUUGUGUUGUUCGUAUUUGUUUCAACUUCUUGUUCUUACAAUUGGAAAUUAUAUUCGUUAAUAUUAGUACUAACUACACAGUGAAUAAGUUUUACGUUCAACGGCUGCGUUUUUUCUUAUUAUUCACCGAUAACGAAGACGACGACCUUUGUGAUAAGGGUGGAAAUUUUUGUGUGUUAACAUCGCUUGUUGUACAUACGUACCUAUAACUAAGUAACUGUUGUAGACUGUUAACGAGUGACCGACCCCGAGUGGCCGUAUGUGAAGAGCCAGCUAAUUCAGUUUGAGUAUACGAGUAACAAUGGCACCAUGCAGGAACCGAAUAUGAAGACAUUUAGGUCGUUUGUAGCACAAUGCGAGAAGAAGAGCUUGAACUAGCUCUAAAGGUGGUGAUAGUUGGUAAUGGUGGUGUUGGCAAGUCUAGCAUGAUCCAAAGAUACUGCAAAGGUAUUUUCACCAAGGAUUAUAAGAAAACUAUAGGGGUCGAUUUCCUAGAGAGACAGAUAGAAAUAGAUGGUGAAGAUGUCAGACUUAUGCUUUGGGACACGGCCGGACAGGAAGAAUUCGAUGCCAUCACCAAGGCCUAUUACAGGGGCGCUCAAGCAUGUGUUUUAACAUUUUCCACCGUUGACAGAGACUCAUUUGAAGCAACACAUUCUUGGAAACUUAAGGUAGAGAAUGAAUGUGGUGAAAUACCGACAGUCAUUGUCCAAAAUAAAAUCGAUUUGCUGGAUCAAUCAGUUGUAAAUCCCGAAGAAGCUGAAUUGUUAGCAAGAGCAUUAGGAUGUAGACUUAUAAGAACGUCGGUUAAAGAAGAUAUCAAUGUUGCUACAGUCUUUAGGCAUUUAGCAUCAAGGUGUCUUGAAGAAUUGAGAGAUUCUGUCAACGAUUACUAUUAUUCGUCAACGAAUAACCACAAUACAAUUACUUUAAGUACCUUUAGUCAAUCAGUCAAAAAGCCUGUAAAGGAAACAAUAGUUUUAAAACCAAACAAACACAAACGAAGAAAAAAUGUUUUGAAAAGUGCCUGCCGCCUUUUGUAACGAAUGGAACAAAAAUUUCUACUUGCCACCCCCUUAUAGCAACUAACACCACUCUUUUCUUAGUUAUUUGUUUUUUGAACCUUCGAUAAUGAAUGCCAAAGGUGAAGUGCUAAUAUUAUUUAUAACACAGGAACUUUUAUAAAUAAUUGUAUACAUACCUUUUUAAUAUUUGUGUUAACAUGUAGCUUUUUCUUUAAGAUAACAAGUAUUAGAUGUAAGUCUUUUUUUUA